UUCAACAAACAAAAUCUUAUUAUACAGAAGAAUGUGUCAAAUGUAUCUGCUUGCAGAAUGACCAUCCUCAAUCAAUCCUCCUUGACCAUCCUCAAUCAAUCCAAGAUCUUAACCCGCAAUGAGCAAACUACGCUGGACACUGUUUUUUGCACCAUCAUUGUUCUCCUUGGAACCACCGGGAACUCUGUGGUCAUCUGGGUGGCCGGCAUCCGUAUGAAACCCAACGUCACCAACAUAUGGUUGGUCAACCUCGCCGUGGCCGACCUGAUCUUCUGCAUGACACGAGUGACCUCUCUCCUCAGUAUUUUCUUUGACCACUGGCCUUUCGGAGACUUUCUCUGUAAGUUCAUCGGCUUCUUCAAGUACACCAACAUGUUCUGCAGCGUUUUUCUUCUGGCUGUUAUCAGUGUGGAUCGAGUGCUCUGCGUGUGGCGUCCGGUGUUCACCAGGAACAGACGAACGUUAUGUGUCGCUCGUUUAAUCAGUUUAGGGGUCUGGAUUCUGGCAGUGAUCUUCAGUUCACCAUACUUUGUGUAUCGGGGGGUCUAUCCUGGCAAGAACAACGUGAGCCUCUGCUCUCCAAAGGAAGAAAUAAAAGCAAAAGAAGGGAAUACAGCAAAGUACAUUUACUACUACAAUCGUUUCUUCUUUGGAUUUCUGUUUCCUUUCCUGGUGAUCUUUAUCUGCUACGCACUCGCUGCUGUUGGGUUACGAAGAACGCGACUCUCUGGAAAAUCGAGACCUCUUCGGAUUUUUGCUUUAUUGGUUUUUGCCUUUUUCUUAUGCUGGGCCCCUUACCACAUCCUAGGUCUUGUUAAGCUGAAGAAUAGGAACCAUUCGGCUGUUAAAUUGGGAUGGAAUAUGACUUCAAAUUUGGCCUAUUUCAAUAGCUGUGUAAACCCAGUCUUGUACUUCUGCAUGGGAAUGAAUCUCAGGAAAUGCUGCAGGCAAAGCCUGUUAGGGAUUUUUUACAGAGCUCUUGCAGAAGACGACCAAACUCUGUCCCGGGACGGCACGGUGGAAGAGCAGUCAAACUUUUAUUCUACAGAUGCUGGUACAGUUCAUCACACACCUGUAUGAAUGUAGACUUAUUUUUCAUAAGAUAAUUCAGCACAGUUUUGAUAAAUACCUGUCAGAUUCAAUAUCAGUGUUUUAUAUUUAUUUAAAUAGCUGCAAGCUAAUAUUCAAGCUAAUUGUUGAGCUAAUAUUCAAAUAUUUAGCACAAAAAGCAUAAGCCAUAUUUAAUGAAAGUGUCUGU